UAUUAGCACUUCUUUGCUCUUUGCUCGUCCACUCUGAACGUGCACUUUUUGCUCUUUGCUCGUUGCUCUUUGCUCGUCCACUCUGAACGCGGCCUUAGUGAGCUAUGGAGUGACGUCAGAAUUACGCCCCUUUUCGCUUUGUCAAGUUGUUGCUAAAUCAGUUUUAAGCGUACUCUAAUUAUUAAUUAUUGUAUGUACUUCUAUAUUUGAUAGAUCGAUAAUAAUAUAAUUUGUGUGUUAAUUUUAAUUGAUUUCAUAAUUAUUAUUUUUAGUUUUGAUUUGAUUUUGUUCUAGUGUUUCUUUUAGGUGAUAUUUAUUCUAGGUAUAUAAGGUGAAAUAGGAAUAAAGUAAAAAAUUGAUUCAUCCCAUGGAAUAAAGUAAAAACAGCAAUUAAUUCAAUUUACGUAAUCAAAAAAGAAGAAUUCUUUAAAUAGAAAAAUAAAACAGGGAAGUAUAAAAAAUGAUGAAAGGUAAAUUUAAGAAUUUAAUUUUAAAUGAUAACGUGAAAAAAACACAAAUUAUUAUAGCAGGCUCUAUUAACCAAAUGAACAAAAAAUUUGGAAAUAAAAGCAAUUCGCAGUGCACUAGUAAUUCUGUGACUGCUUUGUGCUAUUCAAAAUUUACAGAUAUAAAAUCAUGGACUUCACAGGAUGUAGACAAUAUACUUGAUAUAGGAAAUGGUUACACACUAUUUCGGUUCAAAAUUAUAAUAAAAAAUAUGGUACAAAUUUCGAAACAAAACAUUUAACUGCGGAUGAAAUCUGUCCAAUUUUAAAAAUUAAAAUGAAGGAAUAUCGUAUAACAUACCCUUUAGAACCGUAUCAAGGUAUGUUAUAUCUACAAAUAAAUGAAGAAUUAACAAGCUUUUUUGAAAAUUACGAAGGUGGAGUUUUCACAUGCAAUGGUUAAUCUCUAGCUUUAUUUAAAUUAAAAAAUGAUGAUAAUGUAUGUAAAUAUUACAUUUUUGAUCCACACAGUUGUUCCAAUGUGACUGGAGUAUAUAUAUGGAGUUGCUGUAAUGUGUAUGUUUAAUAAUUUAAUAGAUAUGGUUUCAUUAUUAAAACACAAUUUUCAAGAUAUUAUAUUUAGUAUUUGUCCGUGUUUGAUAGAACUAAAUACAAAAGCAAAUAAAAGAGCAACUUCAAGUGUAUUUAAUAUAAACAAGAAAAGAAAAUUAGAUAUGUUACAAAAAAAAAAUUGAGGGAAAAUAAUGUAGAGUUCAAAUUGCAUGAAAACGAAAAAAAUAAAAUUAGAAUAGCUCAAAAAAGAAAAGGCGAUAAUGAGUUCAAAUUCAAAGAAAACGAAAAAGAUAAAAUUAGAUUAGCUCAAAAAAGAAAAGACGAUACUGAGUUUAAAUUGAAAGAAAACGAAAAAGAUAAAAUUAGAUUAGCUCAAAAAAGAAAAGACGAUAAUGAGUUUAAAUUGAAAGAAAACGAAAAGGAUAAAAUUAGAUUAAAUCAAAAAAGAAAAGACGAUGAAUUAUUCAAAUUGAAAGAAAUCGAAAAAAAUAAAAUUAGAUUGGCUCAAAAAAGGAAAGACGAUAAUGAGUUUAAAUUGAAAGAAAACGAAAAAGAUAAAACUAGAUUAGCUCAAAAAAGAAAAGACGAUAAUGAGUUUAAAUUGAAAGAAAACGAAAAAGAUAAAAUUAGAUUAGCUCAAAAAAGAAAAGACGAUAAUGAGUUUAAAUUGAAAGAAAACGAAAAAGAUAAAAUUAGAUUAGCCCAAAAAAGAAAAGACGAUAAUGAGUUUAAAUUGAAAGAAAUCGAAAAAGACAAAAUUAGAUUAGCUCAAAAAAGGAAAGACGAUAAGUUCAAAUUGAAAGAAAACGAAAAAGAUAAGAUUAGAUUAGCUCAAAAAAGAAAAGACGAUAAUGAGUUUAAAUUGAAAGAAAACGAAAAAGAUAAAAUUAGAUUAGCUCAAAAAAGAAAAGACAAUGAGUUCAAAUUAAAAGAAAAUGAAAAAAAUAAAAAUAGAUUGACGAUAUUAAGAACUGAUGAUAGUUUUAAAACAAAUGAAAAGAAAAUGCAAACAGAUCGAAGACAAAAUAAACGAAUCCGAGAGCAAAAACGGCAAAAUGAUUUAGAAGCUAAAAGUAUAAAAAGAGAGAAUGACAUUGUCAGAUACCGAGAAUAUUAUAAUAAUAAUUUAAAACUCGAAAAUUCGACUAUAGCCCACGAAAAAUUAAAAUUCAUUGAAAGUCUUAAAAAUAUGCCAUGCUUCAACUGCACAUGUUGCGAAAAUUUAUUUUUUGAGCACACCGUUUUAAAAUUCGACGAAAACAAAGUUUUUUGUGUACCUAAUUAUGAAAAUGUAAUAAUUAAUGAUAUUACUACUCCCUAUAUGUGCAGAACAUGUUACAAGUACGUCUUGAAAGGGCAAGUGCCGAAAUUAUCUACUGCAAAUGGUUUAAAGUUUGUAGACAUCCCAACAAGUUUAAAAACAUUGUCAUCGUUGGAAGAGAGAAUUGUUUCUCCUAUCGUAUGCUUUUUACAAAUUCGACCCCUAAAAUAUUAUGCAAUAAAUCCUCAAGUAGGUUUAAAAGACAGUGUAGUAAAUAUACUUGUCGAAAUUACAGAUAUGGUGCAAGUUGUUUUACCUCAUAAAAUAAAUGAAACGAUGACUGUGCAAGUAAAAUUAAAAAGACAUGUAGAUCAUAAAACUGAUUACAUGUUUGAAACAAUUAGGCCUGCGGCUAUUUGUGACGCGUUAAAAUAUUUAAUAAAAACUCCGCUUUACAUAAAACAUGAUAUCAAAGUUGAUGAAAAAUACUUUGAGCAAUACGAGAAUGAUUAUUCUAAAACAAUUGAUUUUGUCAUACACAGAGAUGUUCAUGAAGACGAAAAAAAUGAUUCAGCAUCCGAAGACGAUGAUCAUUCGGAUAUCGAAAAUGAUAUUCUUGACACGGAAAUCAAUGAUGAAGUAUUACUAAUAGAUGAAAAUAUAGUUCAAAAUGAUAAUAUCAAAAUUAUAGCCCCGGGACAAGGCAAAGUACCUAUGCCCUGGCAUUUAGUACAGGAUAUAGAUGAAUUAUGUUUUCCAAAAAUAUUUGGAGGUUUUCCCUUCAACGGUAAUAAUAUUUCAUAUUCUGACCGAAUUAAGUCAGAAAUCAGAAGAAAAGAUCGCAGAUCCUGUACUGCGCAUAGAAUUUUAUUUACAACUUCUAAAAAAACAGAAUUAGCUAUAAGUGCUAUAAUCGAAAAAGUAUUACGAAAAACGUUAAACAAUCAAAAUAUAACCGUUACAAAUGCUUUAAAUCCCGAAUACAUAAAAAGCUUAUUCAAAAUUAACGAGGGUUAUCCAUUUUUAAGACCUAUUAGAGCAUCCCCUGCUUAUUGGGAAUUAAAGAAAAAAGAUCUUCUGGCAUUGAUAAGGCAACUCGGAAGACCAACACUAUUUUUAACAUUGAGUGCAAUUGAAACUAUUUGGAUAGAAUUAUUACAAUGUUUAUCGAAAUUAGUAGAUUCCAAAACAUUAAGUGUGUACGAAACAGCUAACUUAAGUACAAAUGAAAAAACUAGAUUUAUAAAAGAAGACCCGGUCACAUGUGCAAGAUAUUUUGACUAUAAAAUUGCAAAAAUGAUGCUGUAUUUAAAAAGCAAAAACUCUAUCUUUAAGAACCAUCCAAUUGAAGAUAGUUAUCAACGUGUAGAAUUUCAAAUGAGAGGUUCUCCACAUGAACAUAUUCUAUUGUGGCUGAAAAAUCCACCAAAAUAUGAUCCGAAUAAUUCAGAAUCCAUUGAUGAAUGUAUAAAAUUUAUUGAUGAAUAUAUAACAUGCAAAUAUAGAGAAAAUGAUCCGUAUAUAAAAUUGCAAUUCCACAAUCACCCGCAUACGUGUUAUAAAAAAAGGGCAAAAAAAUAUGCAGAUUUAAUUUUCCAAAACCCGUAAUGCCAUGCACAAAAAU